AUGCUUGUGCUCAACGCCUAUGCUCAAGGAGCUCAUAGCUCCCUCUGGUGGCAGCGAGGGCUCAGUGCCCGGACGGCUGUGGCACCAGCGGCCAGAGCAGUCAGUAGAGAAUUAGCAGUAGGAAUCACGGAGAGAAAAGCAAACCCCGGCCAGCCCUUCAGGUGUGGCUGCCAACGGGAGUGGCCAGGAAGAGGAUCUGCUCUCUUCCAGCUUCAGACAAAUCUUAGACUGGAGGAGGCUAUCAUCGUCAUCCUCCUCGUCCACUCCCACGACCUUCUUGACUUCUCUCCCGGAAGUCAGCUGGACAGGCACCUCUCCUUUCGUGAUAAGAAUGUCUUUGUCUGCUCUGACUUUAAAAGGCACUGUAAGUUGUUUGAAGUGCCAGUGAGAGUCUUGUCUGAAGACAGUAGAUUAUCUCUUCUCAGCAUGACUACAGAGAUCACUUAUGCUGAAGUGAGAUUCAAAAAUGAACAACCUAAGUCCUUGGGCAACCCAUCAGGGGCUCCUGCAGGGAAAGCAUCAUGCUGGUUCCAAACAAGGCUCUGGUUUGUGGCUGUGGUUUGCAUUGUCCUGAUCAGUACUUGUUUCAUUGUGAGCUGUGUGGUGUUUUACGAAUUUACAUAUGGGAAAACUAACAAGAGGCUCUCUCAACUACAUACACAUUCCAGUCUAACCUGCUUCAGUGAGGAGACCAUUGAAACAGGAAAGACCUGGGGAUGUUGUCCGACUAACUGGAAAUCAUUUGGUUCCAGUUGCUACUUCAUUUCUGAGGAAUUUAAUUUUUGGGCUAAGAGUGAGCAGAUAUGUGUUGGAAUGGGGGCUCAUCUCAUGGUGAUCAAUACGAAAAAGGAACAGGAUUUUAUUGUCAAGCAUCUGAAUGAAACAUAUGAAUAUUUUCUGGGGCUCUCAGAUCCCCAAGGAAAUGAUAAUUGGCAAUGGAUUGACAAGACUCCUUACCAGGAAAAUUUCAGGUUUUGGCACAAAAAUGAGCCUAAUUUUUCUGGCGAAGAGUGUGGUUCAAUAGUUUUCUGGAAAGAUGAAGGAUGGGGCUGGAAUGAUGUUUUCUGUUUCAACAAUCUGUAUUCAAUAUGUGAGAUGAAUAAACUUUACUUAUGA